GAUUUCCCAGCAAUUUUGUUCCUUUUAAUUAAUGAUCGAAAAUGAUGCUAGUUUUGAUAAUUUGAUUAGACUAGUGCUGCUUCACUGCGUUGUUCAGUUGGAUCAGUUGAAGCAAGGACCUGUCAAAUUUUGUUUGAUUAAUAUAACCUACGCGACCUUUUGUGAAUCAGAUUGAAAGUUAGUUGCGAUAUAUUAUUAAGAAGCAGAGGUGAUUGGGAUUGCGCUGAGAAACAGGGGGUAGAAUCUGGAUACUGGGUGCUGUUUGUGACUAUAGGGUCGGGGCCUGCCAGGUAAGUUGGAUUAUCUAUCAUUUGCCAGACAGGAAAGGUCUAUCAUGACGACACAUUAAACCCACUAGUAGAUACCUAAUAAGACAAAAAUGAUUGCACCUGUAUUUUGGUUUCCCUUGUUUGAAAAUUGAUCUUUAGAUGACCCAUACAUUCUUCAUCAGAAAGACAAAAGAGAUGAGUUUUAGAUUUCAUCAAGGUAUUGAAGCAUUGUUGAGACAUGAAGUCUAUGUUGUUGAGUUCUUUUAACGAAGAUGGUUAUAGCAUAGACCAAAAUAGUACUUAUGUAAAAUGAAUGAAUGGCAUGGGAUCUUCUUACCCAAGCCACAGCAAAGUUGUAAAUAAAACACUGUAUCACUUUUCUUUCCUUUGUUUCAGUUUAUGGACUUUUGUAUAUACAAGUGUCACCCCAUCCAUAAUAAACCUGCCUUUUAUAAAAAAAAGCAGUCUGAAUGGCAUCGAUAGCUUUGUCAAAAGUCUCUCAUUCCUAAUCACAAAAAAACUUUCAUGUCGUUAACCUGAUACCUGCAGACUGUUGACUGUGGGGGAGAUGGGGAAAGCUUACAGGGGAAGCAAAAGCUGCCAUGGGAAUACCUUCUUUCUACAAGUGGGUCGUCAACAAGUACCCAAGCAUCAUCUCCCCUGUGAAGGAGGAACCAGAGGAGUGCCCUGAUAGAAUCAUCUACGACAACCUCUACCUCGACAUGAAUUACAUCAUCCAUCGUUGCUUCCACCCACAGGACCUGAUGCAUGCAGACAUAGAUGUGUGCCCUCCGAUGACGGUCAGUGAGGUGUUUGAGUCCUUGUUUGAGUACAUGGACCGCUUGUUCCGCAUCGUCAGGCCAACAAGGCUCCUCUACUUGGCAGUAGAUGGCGUUGCUCCUUGCGCCAAAAUGAACCGAGUGCGAAGGGGACGUUUCCACUCAGCCAGGAUGGCAACAAGUGAGGAGAUUGAAGAUUAUGAAAUGCGGAAGGAAUUAAGAGCUCAAGGGAAGGAGGAGACACCACAAGAGAUUUCUGAGGUUUCUGACCCCAAUGUCAUCACCCCAGGUACUGAGUUCAUGGAGAAGCUAUCACAAGCCCUUGAGUACUACAUCCGUGGCAGAUUUAAUAGUGACCCCUGGUGGAGAGACAUCAUGGUAAUACUCUCUGAUGCGAAUGUUCCUGGAGAAGGAGAGCACAAGAUCAUGUCUUUUGUCCGUGCACAAGGCAACAUGGAAGGCUAUGAUCCCAACACUCGACACUGCUUGUUUGGGCAUGAUGCAGAUCUGAUAAUGCUUGCUUUGGCAUCUCACGAAGUCCACUUCUCUAUUUUACGUGAGGAUGUGCUCCUCCCAAAUCAGGCAGAAACAGAAGGGAAUCCGAAGAAACCAUUUCUGUUUUUGAACAUAUGGGUUCUGAGAGAGUACUUGGAGAUUGAAUUCAAGAUACUGGACCCAGUCUGCGAGCCUGAUAUUGAGAGGCUAAUAGAUGACUUCAUCUUUAUUUGUUUUCUGAUGGGAAACGAUUUCAUCCCACAUAUUCCAUCACUUGAGACGCAUGAGGGUGCAGUUGAUCUUCUCAUCGAAGUGUACAAAACAACGUUCAACAAAAUGGGAGGGUAUAUUAUCAACACAGACAAAGUCAAAGAUAAAAAUGGUGCAUAUCUGGAAGUCUCAAGGUUGGAAAUAUUUUUUCAUGAACUCUCCAUGUAUGAAGAGAAAAUUUUCCUCAAAAGAUAUAAACUGGAACAGGAUUUGUUGCUGAAGACAUAUCACGAAAUGUUGCGUGAAGCUUCAGAAAGUGAAAGACCAGAACUGAGACAAAAAUUAGAUGAUCUCCUUUUUAAUGAAGAACGCCCGUAUGACAGAAUAAGACUAGGAUUACCAGGAUGGAAGUCCCGGUUCUUCAGGGAGUAUUUUGGUGCCGAAACUUCUAAUGAAAUUGGAAAGCUGCAGAACGACAUGGCUCAAAAAUAUUUAGAAGGACUUUGUUGGGUGCUUCAAUGCUAUUUUGCAGACGUUCCAUCAUGGAGCUGGUACUACCCAUUCUAUGUUGCUCCUUUUGUAUCUGAUCUCAAAGGUCUAUCUAGGGUUGAUAUAUCUUUCACUGUGGACAAACCACUACGACCAUUUGAUCAGCUUAUGGCAGUUUUACCAAUGCAAAGCUGGUGUGCUCUCCCAAAAUGUUACAAGGAAAUGAUGGGUCGCAAAGAAUUUGACUACCCGAGGUUGGAGCAUGACACGAAGGGGAGACAUUUCUUGUGGAAUGGUAUCUCUGAGGAACUGCUGCUUUCGGCCACCAAAGUGGUAGAUAAAAAGCUCACGACCCAUGAAUCGAGACGGAAUACCACUAGGCAAGAGAAGAUCUUUCUGCACAGGGACUCAAGCUCUCUGCCACACAAUGAAGUUACUGAACAAACAUCGCACUGUUCGGUGCAAAAGCUUCCGAUAGAUUCAGCUACGAGUGGAAUUGGAGGAUGGAUAGCGCCUGAUGACAAUGAUGGCUUCAGCGACGGUUCCUUCCACUCGCCCACAACAAACCUGCAGGACAUUACAAGUGAUCAAACAAUAUCAGGUACGUUCUUCAACCCUGAGGCAGCCAAUCCAGUUCCAAGACUACUUCGCAAUGUCAGUGUCCCUGACAAGACUGUCACGGGAGCCGACAUCUCAAAGAGGCCACUCUGGCACACGUACCCGGGCUCAAGGCCGCCGCGCAUCAUUCAGAGGCCGGACACCAUCUGGAAGCCGAGCACGCCGGCGUCGCCACGGGAAGAGCACAAGAACGCUGGCACGGGGUGGAUCGGGCGGGGGAAAGGGAACGCCCUUGCCACCGCCGAGACGCAUCUGAAGAGCAGCAGCAACAGCUACAGGAGAGGUGGUGGAGGAAGCAGCAGCAGGAGGUUCGACGACGACGGUGCAUACAGUUUCCGGCCGCUUGGAAGUGCGCCGUGGACCGCCGGAGACAGCAGCCGAAGCGGAGGCGCCGGCCAUGGCGGCAUUGCGCAGCCACGUGGUUGGUAGGAUAGGCUCCAGGAAUCAGACAUGUACAUCUCACCGUAUACAUUCCGUGCGUUGCUACGGGACAACUAAAUUUUUUGUCUAAAACACA